AUUCAAAAUUGCGAAAAACAUUAUUAAGAAAUUCUGUAUAGAAGAAGAAAAUUUAAAAGUGUUGCCAAUACGCUUAGAAACAAAUUAUCGCUAUUUUUAAAAGACUUGACAACUCGGUUAUUCCUUGGUCAACUGAGGACGGGCGAGCGUAGAAAUAAAUUAAAAUAAACACAUAUUGAAAUCUUUAUGGUAGAAGUUUGUUCGCUUCAAAUCCUUGACAGAGGAUGUGGUAGAAAUUCGUUAUACAUUCAAGUGCAAAGCCCGAUAAAUUUUUGGAAUUUCUCUGCUUUUGUUCGUGAUUAUUCAAAGUGAUUGUGUAUUGUUGAUUGUCAGUUUCUACCAUACCAAGAUGAAGCUUCUUCAUAUAAUCGUUGUUUUAACAUACUUUAGCGUUGCGCACUCGUUUACAAAAUACGGACGGUCCUGCAAAGAUAUAGGAUGUCCCUCGAACCAAGAAUGCGUCAUGCAAACUGACCCAUGCAGUUACUACCAAAGACAAGGCGAAUGCGGUUCCUAUCCAUCGUGCCAAAGAGUCUCGAAUUCCGCGAGAACGUGCUCGACGUACGUUUGCCCGCCCACGAAGGUGUGCAAAAUGGACGGGGACACGCCGAAGUGCGUGGACGAUACCAGCAAAGUGGGCCACGUGGGUUACGACACGCAAAGCCAGAACUCCAUGUCCAACCAGCAGCACUCGGUGACCUCCAACAACCAAGGUUUGUACCCGCAAUUGGGUAAAAAGGGCACCACUACCGUUAGACCGAACGUGUACAAACCGGCGACAUCGCACACCGGAGGCUACCAAGGUCAAGUAGGCUCGGGGUAUCCCCAGCAACCGGCCUAUAAUCCCCAGCAAGGUCAGUACCCGGGUUAUACCAGGACCGGCGGGUAUCCCCAGCAAGCUUAUUAUCCCCAGCAAGCCUAUCCCCAACAAGCUCGUCCCCAGCAAGCCUAUCCACAGCAAGCUUAUCCUCAGGGGAAUUACCCGCGACAAGCUUACCCCCAGCAAGCGACUUAUCCUCAACAAGGAUAUUACCCGCAACAAGGAGCUUACCCACAAUACGGUAACCAGCGACCGGCGCAGUACCCGGGCUAUUCUCAACCCAACCAAGGCACAUCGAUAACCGAUAAACUAACUAGCUCCAUUAAGAAUUUAGGUACUGAGCUGUUGCAACAGACUAUCGCUAAAGCUAUAGCCGGUCGGGCGCAAUGAGAUUUCAUUGGGUUUUGUUCAGAUUAAUUUGAAAUUUAUAGGCUUUAGUUGUUUCGUAUAAACCAUGCAAAGGUUUGCAGUAGGUGUAGAUGGAGACUUUCCCCUUUAUCUUGUUUGUAAAUAUGGUAGAUUAGCAAAUUCGAUUAUUAGUUGGGAAAAAUAUUUCAAUCCAGUUUCUCAAAAAUUCCAUUUUCCAAAAUUGUAAAGUUCUCUAUUGGUUUGUACAAAUUGAGGGAAUUUUUGGUAUUAAUUAAAUUAUCUCGGUAUUAAUUUUUCAUUCUUAUAUUCGCUUGAAAGCUUUAAAAGCGUGUUAUUCUGCAAAUGUUUAAGUCAGUUUUGAUAUCGUACAUUUGUUUCAGGAUUUAUGUAUAUUGUCUUGAAAUGUGUAAUUUCAAGAUUGUUUAGUAUGUGAAGGUAAACUAUUAUUGCAAAAAUUAGAAUAUACUAAAUGCAUAUUUGUAAGAUUAACAAAUAUACUGUAGGUUUCUCUUCGAUAAAGAAAUGUGGAUAUUUAAAAAACCAACUAGGAAUCAAGAAAUAGAGCCUAAGAACGUGUAGAAAUAACAACAGUAAGCGACACUAAUAUUAAUUUUAUAAAAUGAUAAUUGUACCUUCAUAAAUAAACUUCUUAAUUGAAA